AUGACAAUGAUGUCUUCUCUUCCAGAGGAAUUGGUAGAAGCAAUACUCUCUAGGGUCCAGGCUACGUCUCUGAAGCUUGUACGAUCUACUUGCAAACAAUGGAACGCUUUAGUGAAAAAGAACCAAAGAUUCACCGACAAGCAUUUUCGCGAAGCUACAAAGUCUACGGUUCUCAUCUUGAAGGAUUAUAGGUUUUUCCCAGUGUGUAUCAACCUCGACGUUGCUGCUACAACCAUAGAGUUUAAGAAUUCACUUUGCCCAGAGGCUCCCCAUUCUAACUCAAAAGAAGUCGAUAUAGCCAAAGUUUUCCAUUGCGACGGUUUGUUGAUAUGCACCACCAAAGAUAAAAGACUCGUGGUUUGGAAUCCGUAUAUGGGGGAAGCAAGGUGGAUCCAAGUCCCAUUCAAAACUGAACACAAACGUGAACCUAGGUAUUUUCUUGGAUACCAAGAUAACAACUCUUGUCGUAGCUACAAAAUCUUAAGGUGUUGGUAUCUUGACAAAUACAAACCAUACGACUUUGCUACGUUUCAAAUCUAUGACUUAAGCUCAGAUUCAUGGAGGGUUCUUGAUUCUGUAUUUCUCAACUGGUACACACAAUUAAAUACUGGAAUAUGUUUGAAAGGAAAUACUUACUGGAUUGCUUCAGAGGAAGAAAAUGGUGAUUUCUUAAUCCGUUUUGAUUUUACAAAGGAGAUAUUUAAACGUUUCUCUCUUCCACCAGUUGAGGAUUAUUAUAGGUAUAUGAUGACUCCAUCAGUUGUUAGAGAAGAGCAACUCUUAGUGGUAGAUGGGAACAUUAGUACAUCAAAUAUGGUGAUAUGGAUAACCAGUAAUAUUGAUGUUGUUGGCGAUGCUGCAGAUUUGAUAUGGAGCAAAUCCUUUACAGUGGAUUUACAAAAUCCCGAUAGAUAUUAUCCGAGUGGUGUAAGUUAUAUAAUCGAUGAGGAGAAGAAAGUGAUUCUGUGUGGGAAUGGACAUACCUAUGAGACCUACGAGAGCAUUGUAGUCAUAAUUGGAGAGGACGGUCAAUUUCACACAGAAGUCCCUUAUGUUGAAUCCAGAAAUCCGGGGUGGUCUUUUCUAUUAAAUUGUGUUCCAAGUUUGUCAAAUCCAGCAAGGUAG